CGGUGCGCUUUCAUAUAAAAACGAGCGUUCCCGGUAGAGGAGCAGCUGUUUUGGUCUGUUUGAGCAGAAGCUCUUAGUUUAACGCGCAGAAGAUUCAGUAUUUCUCCGUGAGAAGGGUCUGUCCUCACUGUUGUCUGCCUCACAGGAACAAUGAUGAACUUCUGCGGUCUGCUCACUGAAAAGAAGGAACCAGUUCCUCUGAAGAGCAUUGAUGCUCAGCUGGAGGUGAAGGACCAUGUAGCUACUCUGGUCUCCACUCUGAACUACGAGAACAAGGAGGACAAACCUCUAGAGGCUGUGUUUGUCUUCCCUCUGCCUGGAGAUGCUGCUGUGUGUCAUUUCAGUGCUCAGAUUGGAAAAACACACAUUGUAGCUGAGGUGAAGGAGAAACAGCAGGCUCAGGAGGAGUAUGAUGACGCUCUGAGCUCCGGUCAGCAGGCCUUCCUGUUGGAGGAGAGUGAGCAGAGUCCAGAUAUCUUCUCUCUGAAGGUGGGCAGGCUGCCUCCAGGAGAGAGCGCCUCCAUCAGGCUGGAGUACGUCACUGAGCUGGCUGUGCAGGCUGAUGAUGGGCUGAGGUUCUGUCUGCCUGCUGUGCUCAACCCUCGAUACCAACCCCAGGGUAGUGAAGGUCCCAGUGUCCAGGUGACCUCAGUACCAGCCUCUCUGGUGCCCUACAGUCUGUCCUUUUCCGCCCAAGUGUCCUCUCCUCGUCCAAUCUCUAAAAUAGAGUCCAGUUGCUCUCUGGAGCCUCUUCAGUAUCUCAACGCUGAUCAAACUAAGGCCACGGUUAAAUUGGGUGGAGGACACAAGUUUGACAGAGACAUUGAGCUACUGAUUUAUUACAAAGACGCCCACCAGCCCUCUGCUGUGGUGGAGGCAGGACAGGCCUCUGCCAAACCUGGCUCUCUGAUGGGUGACCCAGUGGUGAUGGUUAGUCUUUACCCUGAGUUCCCCCAAUCAGUGAUGUCCUCACUCGCCACCUGUGGAGAGUUUGUGUUCUUGGUGGAUCGAUCAGGAAGUAUGGACUGCCCCAUGAACAACAGCACACCGCAAGAAACUCGCAUUAGCAGUGCACGGGAUACUCUGCUGCUCCUGUUGAAGAGUUUACCAAUGGGCUGCUACUUCAACAUUUAUAGUUUUGGUUCCUCCUUUGAGCACAUCUUCCCUAAGAGUGUGGAGUACACUAAGAAGACCAUGAAGAAGGCUCUAGAAAAGGUUGAAAAGAUGGAGUCUAAUCUUGGAGGAACAGAGAUUCUUCAGCCUCUUAAUCACAUUUACAGCCAAGCCUGCAUUCCCAAACAUCCUCGACAGUUGUUUGUCUUCACUGACGGAGAGGUGGGGAACACCAAAGAAGUUACUGAUCUUGUUAAGAAGAAUGCAGACUCCCACAGGUGUUUCUCUUUUGGGAUUGGAGAAGGAGCCAGCUCUGCUCUCAUCAACGGGAUGGCCAAAGACGGCGGAGGUCAAGCUCAGUUCAUCACUGGGGCUGACAGGAUGCAACCAAAAGUGAUGCAGUCACUCAGGUUUGCACUGCAGCCAGCUGUGAAUGACAUUUCCGUCUCUUGGGAUUUACCAAAGGGAGUGUCCGCCACCGUUCUCUCUCAACCCAUUACAGCAAUAUUUCAGGGUCAGAGAUCGCUGAUUUAUGCUCAGCUUACAGGACCGAGUUCAGAGGAAGCAGAUGGCAGUGUGACAGUGAAGUACAGCCUGGCAGGUCAUCCCUCUCAGAACCAGCUGCACUUCAACCUCAAACCUGCAGAGGACUCUGGAUUAACAGUCCACAGGCUGGCUGCUCGCACUGUGAUUCGCUCUAUGGAGUCAGAGGAGAGGACACGAAGAGGACACCAGGAUGAAGAAAUGAAGAAGAAGGUGGUGGAGCUCAGCAUCCAAUCAGGAGUAAGCAGUUGUUUCACUGCCUUCAUUGCUGUCAACAAAGACAGCGGCCAGGCAGUUCAAGGACCGCUGGUGCGCAGAAAUGUCCCAACAGUAAUGGCGAAUUUGGGUUUAGCUCCACAAAGAGCUCAUAUGCCUUCUCUAUCUCGACAUUACAAUUAUAUAUGUCAUUAUACUCCACCAGACGAUGAAGAUGAAGAUGAAGAUGCAAUGGCUACGUCUCAACGAAGUUGUUAUAAGUAUCGUCAUGCUCCACGAGACAAUACAAAUGAUACGUCUCAACGAAGUUGGUAUAUGCCUUCUCUAUUUCGACGUGACAAUAGGUCGCUUUGUUUGGAGAACUCUGGUAGUUACAGACAUGAAGAACCCAUUGAUUGUAAUGGUGCUAUUGGUUCAUGGGAAGAUGUGUCAGCACUGUCAGAUGAUGAUGAACAGCCCCAUAAAGACCCUCUGCUGCAGCUGGUGUCCCUGCAGAAUGCAUCUGGCAGCUGGAUGCUUCAUGAAGCUCUGGCUGCUGUGCUGGGAAAAACCAAAGAGGAGGUGGAAAAGGCAAAACCAGAAUUGGUCAACAAUGAAGUGUGGGCCUCCAUUCUGGCUCUGAUUUGGCUUCAUGGUUUUAAGAUGGAUGCAAAGGAGGAGUGGGAGCUUCUGGCUAUGAAGGCGGCAUCAUGGAUUAAAGCUCAAAACGCUCCAUGUGUGUCAGAGUGCGUUGAAGCUGGAAAUAAACUGUUGGGUUGCAGCAUGAAGAAAGAAGCUCUGGGGAUCUGAGGUUUUCUGUGAGCAGGCUUCAGCUCUACUAUGAAAGCAGCUGAGUGGAGAAAGGAAAACACUGAAGUUAAUGAUGACCAAGAAGAAGAUGUUUAUUGUAGAUUAUAGAUGUGUUUAUUCCAAGUCUAGGAUUUUUUUUCCUUUUUACAACAUUUAAUCAUGCAUAUGUCAGCAUGGCUUGUAAUAUUUGCACUCUAUGCAUAAAACAGAAGUCAUGGAGCAUAGAAAUGCUUUUUGUUUACUACAAUCAACAUAUUUGCAAUUUAACCAGUUUUAUUGAAACAUAUAUACAGUAUAUAUAUAUAUAUAUAUAUAUAUAUAUAUAUACUCAUUUAAUUUGUGAAAAUUAAAUGAGUAAUAGAAAAUAACAGCAGACGAAAAAAUAUUCACCCUUCAGUUUUUUAAGUGAUUCUCUAAAUCCCUUUUUAGUCAAUCUGGCCCUCAGACCCGUCGACCAUUUUCUCACACUUCUUUGACAUAAACCUUUAAACUGUAUUUAACUCAAUAUCCAACCAAACAUUGUGGUAUCUGUGUAUAUUCAGGGUUUCUGUGAAGAAUUGUUUGUGAAGAGCUGUUUGGGACUCAUGCUAUUGUUCUUUAUUGCAGUGGUCCCCAACCCCCGGGCCGUGGACCGGUAACUGUCCGUGGACCAAUUGGUACCGGGCCGCGCAAGAAAUAACUGAAUACUUCCGUUUUAUGUGUUGAGUCUGGAGGAUCUUUUAUUUUGAAAAUCCUUUAACCGGAUUCUGUCGGUUACGUCUUGUGCGCCAACAUUGAGCCCACAAGCAGCAGAAUGAGUUAGAAACAGCAGCAACAGCAUCGGUGUCGGUCAUCUUGACUCGCACUCCCGCCCCUGCUCCCAUAAAUUUCCGAAGUCAUGCGCACAGCCCCGGUCCGCAGCAAAUAUGCGAAGUCUCGACCGGUCCGCGAUACUAAAAAGGUUGGGGACCACUGCUUUACUGUAUAUGUUCCUAAGAAGCAUUCCUAUAACUUCAUAGUGUAAGACAACACCGAUCACAGAAAAACAGACUGGAAAUAAUUAUUUUCCAAUAAAUGCAUGGUUUAUAAAAAAAAAGAAGCAUCUAAGUAACUGAUUAUUAUGCAGUUUGGUGAUGAACAAUGCCUUUUCCAGCAUGAUGGAGCACCUUGCCAUAAAGCAAAGGUGAUAUCUAACUGGCUCAGGGAACAAAACAUAGAGAUUUUGGGUCCAUGGCCUGGAAACUCCCCUGAUCUUUAUCCCAUUGAAAACUUGUGGUCAAUCAUCAAGAGAAGGGUGGACAAACGAAAACCUAGGAAUUCUGACAAAAUGCAAGCAUUGAUUGUGCAAGAAUGGACUGCUAUCAGUCAGGAUUUGGUCCAGAAGUUGAUUGAGAGCAUGCCAGGGAGAAUUGCUGAGGUCCUGAAGAAGAGGGGUCAACACUGCAAAUAUUGACUUGCUGCAUUAACUCAUUCUAACUGUCAUUAAAAGCUUUUGUUACUCAUAA